CUCCAGCCUUCCACACACUCUUGUGCAAACUUCUAUACUACAUAUCUACAAUCAACAACUAUAUCAAUGGCUAGUUAUGAUUAUGGUCUUUCCGGUCUAAUUGGGAAAUUUAUAAUUCAAUUGGAGAUCAAUAGCGAUGCUGACAAUUUUUAUGAAAUCUAUAAGCAUUGCAAAGAUGUUCCUAAGGCAGUUCCUCAUCUUUUCACUGGUGUUAAAGUUACCAAAGGAGAUGAACUCGUUUCUGGUUGUAUCAAGGAAUGGAACUAUGUUCUUGAGGGUAAGGCGAUGACCGCUGUGGAGGAAACAACAAUUGACGAUGCAACAAGGACCUUGACACACCACGUAAUUGAAGGAGACGUGAUGAAGGAUUACAAGAAGUUCGAUGUGAUUAUUGAAGCUAAUCCGAAGCCUAGUGGACAAGGAACCAUUGGAGGAAGCAUUGUGACUGUGUCUAUUGUAUAUGACAGAAUGAAUGCGAAGUCUCCAGCUCCCUUCGAUUAUUACAAAUUCUAUUAUCAGAACAUAGUAGAUAUGGAUGCUCACAUCUCCACUUCUUAGUAAACUAUCUUAAUCUCCGUGUUGGGUGUGCGUAUGCAUGUGCAUAUGUACGUCAGUACUCGUUGAUCAAUUUGUAUGCGUUACUUCACGAGAUCUAUUGCAUCUCUAUAACUAUGUAUCAUUUUAAAUAAAUGGAGUAAGUUAUUUAAAAUAUCUAA